CUUAUGUUACUACUCUUUCACAAUUUCAUUCCACCUUAAUAGCUGGUUCACAACAUCAUCAUCCACCAUUUUAUACCGUAUUUUGUUCUGGUGCUAUAGCAGGUGCAGCACAAUCUUUAGUAGCGGCACCUCUUGAUUCGCUCAAAGUUAGGUUUGAGGUCAAUGAUUUAUUAGAAGGUAAACAUAAAAGUAUGUAUGAUUAUGCUAAGACAACAUGGAAAGAGUUAGGACUUACUAGCAUAUAUCGAGGAAUUGGAUUGACACUCGUAAAGGAUUCUUUAUCUUGUGGUCUCUUUUUUGGAGUAUUUGAAUUUGUAAAAAGACAAUGUUAUGAUGCUUUCAUCAAUAAAAUGGAUAAUUAUCGUGUGAUAAAACAUCAAAAUCACGAUCAAGAUAAUAAACAUUUCAUUGAACCUGCUUUCAUCUUAAUUGCAGGAGGUUUAGCAGCUAUAUCAUAUCAUGUCAUUGAUUACCCACUUGAUAGAAUUCGAAAUGUUUUUUUAAUAGAAGAAGCACAAUCAGAAUAUCAACACGAGCAAAAACCAAAACUUUAUAAGCUUACAUGGGAACAAUGUAAAUUGAGAGCUUUAAGAACUGGUUGGAUUCAUUUCUUAUACGGUGAUUUUGGAGCUACUGUAUUAAGAGCCAUGCCUGCAACCAGCGUGGGAUUUCUGGUCUUUGAACUGAUGAAAAAGAAACUUGAUUACGAAAUUUAUGAAUGA